CUCUUCUAGUUAUAAAUCUGAAAAUUUUAUGGAGCUCGAUGGAGCAGUUCGGUCUUGACGAAUUUUUAUCUGAACACAUCUUUUUCAGAAUUUUUCGAAGUUCAACUUUCGAGCCGUUUAUCUCUGGAUACAAGUAACCGUAGAUGGAAAUGUGAUAAAUAUCUGAAAGAGCAACUUUUCUAGUAAUGAAUAUGAGCAUUUUAUGAAUCUAGGUGCAACCGUUCGGUAUUGACGAAUUUCUAACUGAACCCAGCUUUUUCAGGAUUUUUCGAAGGUCAGCUUUCGUCAGCUUCAUUUUAGCUCAAAGCUUCCCUUAGUGUCAUUUUUCGAAGGGGUCAAAGGAAGCUUUAAAAUUAAAGCGAAAGACAUAAAUUGUUGGCUCUUAGAGAACAUUGCAAAACAAGAGAUAUCAUGCGGAUGAUAAGGUAUAAAUAGAUUUAAACGCUUCGUCAUAUGAGCAGCAUUAUUUAAUUUGCAGUCGCAGUCACAAUUAUUGAAAUGAAUUUAUGAAUAUUUCGUGGCGAUAUAUCGAAAUAUAAAGUGCAAUGAUUAGAUCUAAUUAUCGGUAGUAUAAGCCAUCGCAAUGUAUGUCCUUACUUCCGUAGUUUUCAUACUGAUCAAUAUUGUAGCUGGUGGACAGUGCUACGAGUGCGAUUUUUUCGAAAACAUAAAAGUGAGUGUAAUUCCAAAAUCGAGAGUGCCCUACUUCAAGAUGUUCGCGAAAAAAAACUUUUACGGAUGUUUCGAGCAGAAGCAGUUCGAUCAGGUUGUCGUUGGAAUUUCCGUCGUGGAUCAAAAGAUUAGCAGAAUUGGUGAUCACGCAGUUCACGAUUUACCCGAGUUGAAUUCAUUAUCAUUCUAUGGCUGCGGAAUAAGGGAUAUAUCUAGGAGUGCUUUCGAGAAUCUGCCAAAACUUCGAGUCAUUCGCAUCGACCACGGCAAUUUGACAACCCUUUCAGGUGGUAUCUUCAACGAUUUGCCUAGUUUAGAAGAUCUGAGUCUGUUCCAAAACCAGAUAUCCCAAAUAGAAUCUUCAACUUUUGCCGCCAUGACUGCACUAAAACAGGUUAUAUUUUCAAGGAAUCAACUGACUGCUAUAGACUCCGUGUGGUUCUUUUACAGCCCUAAUUUAACCUUACUAGACGUCAGUUACAACAAAAUACAAGAAAUCAACAAAUAUACGUUUGAAUUCGCCCCAAACUUAAAAGAUAUAUUCUUAGAUUGCAACGAAAUAAAACAUAUAGGAGAGAAAACUUUCAUUCACUUCGAUAAUAUAGAAAUUAUUAGUCUGAGGCACAAUAAAUUAACAGAACUGAAUUCCAAUAUUUUUCCGAAUAAGUUUCGUGUGGAUGUGCUCUACUUGAACGCUAAUUUCUUGAACUUUAUACCACAAACUCUACUGGAAAAACUGUCAAUAAAAGUUAUAGAUUUGGCUGGGAAUCCAUGGAAAUGCCCAUGUUUAAAUCUGAUACAUAAAUGGUUGGUUCAGUCGAACGCCACUUUGACAAAUCAUUUUUGUAAGGGAGAUCACUUCCCAGUAUGUUUCUAUGACGAUGGAGGGAAUUUUUGCUCAGAAACCGUUGAUGAUAAAAUGACGAAAUCAUUCUUGAAAUCACUGAGAGAUUUGGAACGCCCUGUUGACGAGGAAUGUGCAAAUCUGUCCUGACGACUGCCUUGAAUGAGCGGUUCACAGCAUAUCUGGAUAUAAGACACGAACCUGCAACGUCCCU